AGUCACAUCAUCUGAAAAUGAGCGGAAGAGGGAAAACCGGUGGCAAAGCCAGAGCGAAGGCCAAGACUCGUUCAUCUAGGGCUGGACUUCAGUUCCCCGUGGGCCGUGUGCAUAGGCUGCUUCGCAAAGGCAACUAUGCCCAGCGCGUCGGCGCUGGUGCACCGGUCUAUUUGGCUGCUGUGCUCGAGUACUUGACUGCUGAAAUUCUUGAAUUGGCUGGCAACGCUGCUCGUGACAACAAAAAGACUCGUAUCAUUCCCCGCCAUCUGCAGCUGGCUGUGCGUAACGACGAAGAGUUGAACAAACUACUCGGCGGUGUGACUAUCGCUCAGGGUGGUGUGCUGCCUAACAUCCAGGCUGUGCUGCUGCCCAAGAAGACCGAGAAGUCCAAAUAAAUCUGCUC